AUGGAUGCAAUACCAUGCCUUCUGUUCGUCCUCCUGUUCGGGACAAGGGUACAAGAAAAUACCGCUCUCCAGUGUUACUGUGACCGCUGCAGUGCCAACUCCAGCUGCACGACAGACGGCGUCUGUUUCGUCGCUAUCCGCAAGUCAGGCAGCCGGCUCACCACUGAGCAGCGCCAGUGUGUUCACGAAAACGAACUGAUCCCGCGAGAUCGGCCCUUUAUCUGUGCCCCAUCUGUCAAACAUGACACGGGCAUUUACCCCAUUUGCUGUACCACGGACUACUGCAACAAAGAGCCUGACAUCGUCAUUACUGGUAAGCCCACACUGAAGCCUCCUCCUCUGGGCCCCGUGGCCCUCGCAGCAGUUAUUGCCGGCCCAGUGUGCGUGUUCUGCCUGCUGCUGGUCUUGGCGUUCUAUGUUUGCCACAGCCACAGGGGUCUUGGGGCCGGGGGUGCAGGGGCCCAUCACCACCAUCACCAUCGGGUGCCCAAUGAAGAGGACCCCUCAAUGGACCACCCCUUCAUCACGGUCGGAACAACACUGAAGGACCUCAUCUAUGACAUGACCACCUCGGGCUCUGGAUCAGGCCUGCCACUGCUGGUCCAAAGGACUAUCGCCAGGACCAUCAUCCUCCAGGAGAGCAUUGGGAAGGGCCGUUUCGGGGAGGUGUGGCGGGGUAAAUGGCGUGGCGAGGAGGUGGCAGUGAAGAUCUUCUCCUCCCGCGAGGAGCGCUCCUGGUUCCGCGAGGCUGAGAUCUACCAGACCGUGAUGCUGAGACAUGAGAACAUUCUGGGCUUCAUCGCUGCUGAUAACAAAGAUAACGGGACGUGGACUCAGCUGUGGCUGGUGUCUGAUUACCAUGAACACGGCUCUCUGUUUGACUACCUGAAUCGCUACACUGUCACUGUGGAGGGCAUGAUCAAGCUGUCCCUGUCCACAGCCAGCGGCCUUGCCCACCUCCACAUGGAGAUAGUGGGGACACAAGGUAAGCCAGCUAUCGCACACAGAGACCUGAAGUCAAAGAACAUUCUGGUGAAGAAGAACGGGACCUGCUGCAUCGCUGACCUGGGUCUCGCUGUCCGCCAUGACUCAGCCACCGACACCAUCGACAUCGCUCCAAACCACAGAGUGGGAACCAAAAGGUAUAUGGCUCCGGAGGUCCUGGACGAUUCCAUAAACAUGAAACACUUUGAGUCUUUCAAACGAGCUGACAUCUACGCCAUGGGCCUGGUCUUCUGGGAGAUCGCCAGCCGUUGCUCUAUGGGAGGCAUCCAUGAGGAUUACCAGCUGCCCUACUACGACCUGGUCCAGUCAGAUCCCUCAGUUGAGGAGAUGAGGAAGGUGGUGUGUGAGCAGAAACUUCGACCUAACAUUCCUAACCGCUGGCAGAGCUGCGAGGCCUUGCGGGUGAUGGCGAAAAUAAUGAGGGAGUGUUGGUAUGCCAACAGUGCCGCCCGACUCACUGCUCUGCGGAUCAAGAAAACCCUGUCUCAGCUCAGCCAACAGGAGGGAAUCAAAAUGUAGACACAUCUACCAAACACACACACGCACACACACCCCUGACUGGCAUCCAUAUCGUUAGCAUUACAGCGUUAUUAUCUUCAUUAUUAUUCAUCGACUGUUCCUCCCCUUUGGGUUGAGGGGAAGUGAAGACCUUUUUUCCCGCUUGUGCUUUUUUUCCCUCAUCCCAUUUCAUUCAUUGACAAACUGCUGAGUCCUGCACCUGAAUCUGGGGAACCGUGCAUGUAUGUGUGUUGCACUCGGCCUACAUACACACAUGAAUGGCUGGAUGGAUCUAAUGAGGGCUGGUUGUGCCUGAAGGGGAUAACAGAGGCAUAAAAGGAAGCCACCCCUCAUUAUCCUCCAUCCUCCUUUACUACAUCCAACACAUCAAAUCUCUGAAAGACCCACUGGGGCGACUGGUGUCCAUCUCAAAACCCACCUCCACCACUCAUCACACAACGAACCAAGAGCUCAGACUCCAUCAGGUAAGGCCAGCCAGGUGGCUGGGAAUCACCUGUGAGGCCUCUGAGCUGCCGGAUUAUCUUCAUCAUCACCGCCUUAUUUGUAUAUAAGCAUUUCACGGUUCUCUUCAGAGAGAAGCUACUCUUCAGUAGGGCUGCAAGUUGCUCAUUUACAUCUUUGAAUAAUGUUUUGAAUCACGGAAAAUUUCCUCAAAUUGGAAAAAACAAAAAUGUUUUCAAAAAUCCAACUUUUGGAUUUGAUCCAAGCCAUGUGAUCUGUCAGUGCCCAAUGCAUAGUUUAAUGAAUGUAACUAUGUGCACUGCUCCCACACUCAUUGACAGUGAGGGAUGUACUCACACGGGGCGAGUUGAGCUGUUUAAUACCAACAUGCAGAACCUUUAUCAUGACAGUUAACAUAUUUGUCAUGUCUUUGACAAAAAUUCUUGGGGAGAAUAUUUUCCAUUUUGCUAAUGUGCGUGGCACAUUUGAAAAUUUUUAACAUUCACCUGAAGUAAUUGUUUAUCUCGGCUACUGGUAAACUGCUAGAAAAGGGAGCAGCACAAAGAGCUUUGACAUUUACUGGCAGUUAGAAUCUUCUAAAUCUCUGAGCUAACGGUGACUAGACCAUUAUCAGAAGUGUUUGAGGGAGUAAAGAUUCAUCAAAGAGUGUUUUGAUGUGAAGUUGUUUGCAGUCCUACUCUGGAGUGGUGUUACAGUAGCAUUGGGAACUGAAGCUUGGACCUGGGGGUUAUGGGACAGUCUGUAAUCCACCCUACGGGGUCCAGACAAACAAUGGCUUCAUGUGUUCUUCGUCUUAUCAAGUUGUAAGCAGAAUCUCUCAUCUCUGCAACAGUUUUGCACCUGUUUUUUUCAUUUGUUACUGUUGUAUUUCCCCGCCUCCCUCCGUACGCUCGGGGAGGCGGACAGGUCUGUUUAAUUUAUUGUGUUUUUAAACUUUUCUUUCUGGUGGCAGGGGAUCUUUUUUGCAAGACUAAACUGGACAUGAUGACCUCAUUCAUUUUUUUGGCAAACAUGCUGCAACAUAUGCAAUAUACAGUAGAUAAAUGUGUCUAUUUUCUAUACUCUGCUCUGCUAAACCACAAACAGCAAGAACUACAACAACACCAACAACAAUCAGCUGCCACCAUGCCUUCCAAGCCAGCUGUUACCGGAAAGUGCCAGUGCUUUAACAACCCAACUCCUCUCAUGUCGGCUGCAGUGGCGUGUUUGCUCUCACGUGUAUGCAGCUCUGUGCACGUGUGUGUCAGAGGAGGUCUGCGGGAGCCAUGCCGGGCACACAGCAAGCUCGUACUAUGCACACCCAAGAAGUAGGGACGAAAAGCAAGGAGGGACACACACCGCCGUCACAGCACCCACAACACAGCCGACUCUCUGGUGCCAUUUUCUCAAAUCCCUCCCCCACCUGAACACCCGGCCACCUCAGCAACAACUCAUCGUACAGCUUCUCCUCCCAGUGGACUGGAGUCUGGAAACUGAGCUCCAGCACCUCAAACUGUGUUUCGUUGGAAAAAUGAUGCCACAAAAAGCUUGCGGCGGCUUUGGGAAAAAAAAAAAGACACAAAGACUUUUAAGCAUUACUGACGUUGCCCUAUAAAUGUAAACUCUUGGAUUUCUGAUUUUCGUUCUUUUCAUGUGUUUGCGCCGUCGACAGCGCAGCAGCGUAAAUCAACCUUUCAAGCGUUUUCUUCUUUGUAGGAUAAUCAACAACAAUGAGGUACAUUCAUUUAAAUAUAGCAAACGGAGAUUUACUAAGCCAUAGAUUUUCCAGGUUGUGUAUUAUUUUUCCUUUUUUUUGUGGCAAGGUCUUUUUCUACUAGAAUGUACAUUUACGAAAAACAAAAGACGAAAAAAAUGUGCGUAAAAAAGACAAUAUUGUCAUUUCAGCUUAGCAAGCCUUAAGGGAC